AUGCCACCAAAAUCAGACAAGAAAAAGACCGUCACAUUUUCACUCGUGCACCGAUCCCACGAGGAUCCUCUUUAUCAUGAUCCUGAUGCUUCUGCUGCAGUUUUCGUCCCGGUUAACCAAAAGGACACUGGCAAGGAUAUGAAGCGGGAACAGAGGGAACAGCGCCGCAUGAAAAAGAAGGCUUUUGCUGCCCAGUCUCAGGCUAUGAUUGAUGAAUUCAACGAAGGUUUGGAAAAACAACCCAAGAAAGAGUUGAGUGAUAAAGUUGUGGUUUUUGACAAAGACAUGGAUGAAGAGUUUAAGGGCCAGGGUCGAAGAGAAAAUGAAGGUGAAGCCGCGUUAUACGGUAUUAAAUUUGACGAUUCCAAUUACGAUUAUAUGCAACAUUUGAAGCCUAUCGGACAAUCCUCAGAUGCUGUCUUUGUUUCUAAAAGAGACCAAGAAAAGAAAAACAACAGGAAGUCGGGUGGUAUUCAGUUUAAGAACAAGGAAGCUAAUCCUGCCUCUUUACUUGCUAAAGAUAUGCUUCCUUCUGAAAUCUCAGUUCCAAGAAACUUUGAUUCAGAAAAGGCUGUUCCAGAUUCUAUUUCAGGGUUCAAGCCUGAUAUGGACCCUGGUCUGCGAGAAGUCCUGGAGGCUCUGGAAGACGAAGAGUACGUUACUGAUGCAGAGGACGAUGGAAACGAAGACAUUUUUAAACAGCUGCUGGAAAGUGGAGAGGCCGAUGAGGAUGACUUUGAUGAUGAUGAAUACUACGAUGAUGACGAAUAUUAUGAAGAUGAUGACUUUUACGAGGGAAAUGUAUCUGAUGAAGGCGAAUACGAAGAAGAAGAGACCCCAGCAAAGGCACCCGAACUGACGGCUACAGAACUUUACCAAAAAAUGAAACCAUCUGCUGAUGGGUUUGAAAAACGCAUAGAAAGACCAGAAAGCUUACCUGAACAAGAUGCUGAAGCAGACUCCAAGUCAGGGUUCCCCGCGCUGGACGAUAUGACAGUCCCUGAUGUUGAGUACAUUGACAAAGACAGUAAUGUGGCUACGGAACAAGACUGGGAGCGGGCGUUCCGGGAGUUCAAGAUUAGCCAGGAAACUUCACGCAAAGAGGCUGGGUUCAACGAACUGGAUAGUGAGGCUGGUGAUCAGCUGGGCGCACUGAGUGUGGUGACGUCAAUGACGAGAGGAACUAACAUGACUAAUAAGCAAUGGCGACGCAAUAAGGGUCGGUUGCUGGAUAAUGUGGGCAAGCGUAUUGGAGGCUCUCGAGGGCUUAAUAGUUUAAACAGUGACGCGUUGACUGAAAUGACUGGGUUGUCUAUGUCGUCUUCUGCCCUAUUCCGCAACAAGCACAUGACAAUGCUUGACGAUCGGUUCGAUACUAUUGAAGAAGAGUAUCUGAAUGACCGUGAAGAGGACGACCUGAAUGAUGAUACACACAUUAAACAUGGCCUGGCUAAGCGAUCCAGUGGCCGCAAAGGCGCACACAAGCAAAAAGAAGCGUUUGAUAUGGCCAAGGAACGUCCAGAUCUCGACAGUAUUUUGGACGACUUUUUGAACAAUCAUACGAUUGAGGGAAAACAUUAUUAUAAAAAGUAG